AUGGAUUCAACAGACGUUUAUGGUGACCUUCCAUUACAAAUGCCUUUAUCUCCCGUCGAAUUCGUUAAACAACCUAGAGUUGUUCUAAAAUUAAGUGUUAUGAUUUUUUCCGUUAUUGGUCUUGGUUGUGCUACAAACGGCUGUUCUGAGAAGGAACACUUCAUUUUUAAUAAUGACUCUCGCGCUUGCCAAUUCGCUGUUGCAGUGAAUCUUCUCGGUUUUCUAUUCUCUAUUUUCUCAAUUGUUGCUGAUUACCUCUACGACAAGACUGCAAAUGUCAAACGUCGUAAAUACAUUCUUAUGAGUGACAUCGCGGGUGCUUCCCUAUUCGGAUUGCUGAAUUUUGUGGCCUUCUGCUAUCUGACCAAUCGUUGGUCCAACACACACAGCGCGUGGUUAGAGGAGAAUGGAUUUGAGCAUUGGCAGCAGCGCAACGCUCGUUCCAUCAUCUUCUUUGCGUUUGUCGCCCUCCUCAUCUGGGGUGGUUUAACAUUCAUGGCACUCAUUCGUUUUCGAGCUUCCGCUGGUCAGGGUGCAUUUAGGGGCGGGAUUCCACCUUCCACAAUGGAUGUUGGAAUGGGCAGCUCAGCUGGAAUCGAUGAUAUGUAUCCUUCGCAGCCCAAGGCCACUGGGGGUCCCAUGCCGCCUCAACAGCAACAGCCAAUCGGUGGUGGAGGGGGUGUUGGUGCCGUCAAUUCCUCUUCCUACUACCCCCCUCCCACAUUUUGA